AUGGCAUUGGCAACACGACUUCUCCUCGUCGCCUUCGUAUGCCUCCUCUUGGCCGACCGCGUCUCAGCCUUUGGAGCAGGCGAAGUAGCAGGCACUAGCGAAUUCAACGGCUACGUCUGGCGUCAUGGCGACAUCGUCGAGGCCCUGCGGUACCUCCCGGCCAGUUUCGUAACGCACUACAGGUUUUCAACGCUCGAGCGACGACAGAUUUACUUUGGGAACUGGCUGCGCGACUUUUCACAGAUCAUCGAUACAACAGGUCUUGAUAAUGUCCCUGAACCGGUUCUCAGAGCUAUCGUUAGCAUUAUGGGGUUCUUGGAGUUUGGCUUCGCGACGGAUGAGUUUGAGGUGACGCGCGAGCGCUUGGGAUGUUACACUCAUGUGGAGCAUAUCGACAACCCCAAGGGAUACCCGAGUAAUGCCAAGGAGAUUGACGAGAGGUUGAGAGGGCCUUUGGAUCCACGCGAACUCGAGUUUGAUCCCAAGACGGGCAUGAAGAAUUAUAUCGCAAACUCGGGCAAGGGCUGGGAUACAUCUGCUGAUUACGUCACGCGAGAGCUACGCGAGUGCAUUCGACUUGGCCGCGAGAAGAACCCAAAGUCCAAAAAGGAAGCGUUCAUCCAUCUCGGCGCUGCACUUCAUACCCUCGAAGACUUCUCGGCGCAUAGCAACUUUACAGAGCUCUGCCUGCAUGAACUCGGCGAGCACGACGUCUUUGCCUUUGUCGGCGAGGCCUGUCGCGUCAAGACUCCACGAUGGAGAAGUCGCAUGGUCCCGCCCAUCGUAACCGGCACUUUCGGAAUGCUCGACAUCUUCCACAGUAUUCUAGGUGAAGCCGACGACAUGGCCAUUCUCCAGUGCAAAGGCUCACUACAGAACCUCGAGAACGAACUGAACCUCGGCGAGAUCGCAUUCCAGCACAUCUUCGAUCUACUCAAAGCCGCGAUCCAAGCGAUAAGCAAAUUAGCCUCCAAGACGAACGACCCGAUUCUCCAACAGCUCGAGACCGUCGGCGUGCUCUUCAAGAAAGCCGAGGAAGACAAAGAAAGCUCGACUGCCGCGAGUAGCCUCGACGCCAAUCAGCUUUGGCAGACCAUCGAGCCGAUAUUCUACCUCCACGAUCGAAUCAAGAAAUGGAUACAAGAGCGCACGGAACAACAUGAUGCUGAGCCGCUGUCGGAGGAGUCUAGCACGCAGCUGGGUAAAUACACGGAUCAGCUUGUCUUCAAAUACCUGUCGCUCAUGAUUGAGAGCUCCAUCAUGCAGUUGCGCAAUGCGCUCAAGGCUGCGAAAGAGCGUGUUGAUGCUGAGGCUGCCAAGUCGACGUCUGCUGAGGUAUAUCUCGAUGGCGAUGGGUCUGAUCCCAGUCAUUCGGACAUCUCAAAGGAUCACUUCAGCAAUGUCCUCAACCAACCCGCAGGCCUUGUCUCCUCCGUUACGACAAACUGGACAACGCAACAGGUGGUCAAAUGCUGGGAUGAUCCCUUCCGCGACUCAGAGGAAACAAUCCGCCAGAUCCUCACAAUCAUGCAUCAUCCCGCCUUUCCUCGCCACAAAACUCCCAUCCAGAAAUACAUGUUCACCGCCGUCGAAGAAUGGUGGAACCACAACACGGCUUCUGAAAAAGAGACCAUUCGUGGUAUGCUCACAAAGGAGAGCGUGCGCAACCGCCAACAUGAGAAUCACACCCUCACCCUCAAAGAUCUCGAGGGCAAGAGAAAAGGCGUCGCUGAUUUCCCUGGCUCACGGCCCAAGCUCAAGGAGAGACCUGCUAAGCCGUCGCCGUUGACGUGGGCUGUCGGCGAGGCGAAGAAGGAUGCAAAGUGGAUGUUUGGCGCUGUUAGAAGAGGCGCUGGCGAUCCUGUUGCGGCGGUUUGUUUCAUCGGUGAGGGUUUGUAUAUGAUGGUUGUUUAUAUCUUCGUGAUGCUUUUGGGUGCGUUUGGAUUGAAGACGAAGGCGUCGAGGGUUUAG